UGCUCCUUCUACCCUCUUCCUUUACUCUUAGUCAUACAUUCCUAGUCAUACAUACCUAAUUAUACAUAGCCAAUCUAGUCAUAAGCUUAUACAUUCAUAACCCCAUCCUUACUAUAUACAUACAUACAAAUAUUAUCGAGAAACUUAUCGACUUAUCGACUCGCCACUCUGCAGAGAGCGCGGCAGUCAGUCGCUGUUGAACCAAGCUAGAGUACAGAUCGAAAUAAAAGAGACAAUUGAAAUAGUUAACUUCUGUAAACGGCGGCUAAAAUCUCAGAAGUGGGAUUAAUAAUCCAAAAUGGACGAUAAAAUCAUCCUGAACGAGUUUUCGCUGACAACUCUAAAAGAUUGGCUACGUAUUCUGGGCCAAAAUACGGAGGGCACAAAAGCCGAAUUAAUCGCGAGGCUGCAAGACAUCCCAACGGCAGUUCGGGGCGAUUGUCCACCGGAGCACCCCCAGAAAAACGCUCCACCAAGAAACGAAAUUUUUUCUUCACUGGAUUUCCAGAAUUGUGAAAUUAACACCGAUCACGUAAGUGUGAAUGCGAUGAACAGAAAAGGAUCAACCGAAACUGGCAGUGAGAGGGAGACAAACAUGUUCGAGCUACAGCAACUACGCGCAGAGCUAGCAGAAGCGAAGGCAAUGCUUAACGGAACACGAUCGAGCUUGCAGUUCCAAGAACAACAACAACCAGAGCAAAGCAAGGCUACAGUUAGUUCCGUUAUCCAGACGGCGCAGUUUACGCAGGCUGGCGCCACAAAAGAGAACACAACAUUUCACUCGCCGCAGCGAUCCAACGAGAGAGCGGAGAGCCAGCGUUUUCCAGUUGAUGUUCUCGCUCUCGCCAAAGAGACGAUAACCGAUUACGAUGGGAAAACUUGCGCGCGUGCCUGGAUAACAGUGGUCAAAAAUAUCGCACGCACUUUCAACAUCGAUGACAACCAUUUACGCAUCUUACUCAUCACUAAACUUAAAGGAAACGCGCAAGUCUGGUUACAUGCGCACCCUGCUCGAUUGAUCGAACCAAUUGACAAUUUGCUUGAUCAAUUGUCAUUGACUUUUGGCGAGCAAUCAUCCAAGGCUGAGAUCCGGCGAAAAUUCGAGAGUCGCAAGUGGAAAACCGAGGAGAAUUUCUGCAGUUAUUACGAUGAGAAGAUGGCUCUCUCAAAUGGGAUAAACAUCGACGACGACGAACUACUGGACCAGGUGAUAGCGGGCAUACCGCUGCAAAAUUUCCGUACCCAAGCACGGAUUCAAUGCUUCUCUACUCCAUCGGAGAUGCUACGCGCAUUUUUGAACAUCCGUUUGCCAGCUCGGAGGGAGCCACCUGUACAGCCAACCGACUACAAAGAUACCAUACGAUGCGCAAACUGUAAUUCAAGAGGACACAAAGCUGACAUCUGCAAGAAGCCCAAACGUGAACCAGGUUCGUGCUACGCCUGUGGACAACUUGGACACCUGGUGGCACAAUGUCCCACAAGGAAGAGCGUUUCAACUAAUAAUUAUAAUGCCUCAUAGACUCUGGCAGUCCUAUAUCUAUCAUUAAAAAGUCACUUAUUAACGAGACAAUGAAGUUAGCCCUACUUAAUACUUGCUAUUUUGGUUUAAACAACUGUAUUCUCAAAACACAUGGACAAACCACAUGUUAUGUAUUGAAAGGAUCAAUAAAAAUAUAUUUUCGUUUAA